AUGCGUCUUCUCUAUCUCACCAACCUGGCCUUGGUCAGUCUGGCUAGCUGUUCCGCCGUGCCAUUCCUCGGAUACGAUACAAAGGUCGCACAUGGUCUCUUUGACAAACGUACCGCCAAUAGCACUGUCCAGUCAUGCUUCAAAGAAGCCGCACCUAGCGUUACGGCCCCGAAGAAGAACCCAUGGGCUCCUUUGACCCCGGAUGAGAGUCUUUCGGUUUGGAAUCUGCUACACGAUCCAGCUUCUGGUCUAAAUUUGACCCAUCCAGAUGAGGCGACAGUCACUGACAACUAUGUAUUCUGGGUGGACGUGUUACACACUAAUAAAAGCGAUGUCUUGCCGUACAUAGACGGGGAUGCAGCAGCGCCACCCAAGUAUGCCAGAGCCAUCAUCUUUCAAGGCGGGAAGCUAGAGCCUGAUUCGCAGGAGUACAUGAUUGGGCCUCUUCCAGUGUCAGACGCAACUGCCAUCGAAAAGCUCGAUUACAUGUACAACGGCGGUUCUGGAGGCUUAGUACCCUUUAACGCCAGAUACGUCGACGGUCCAAAAUCAGAUGCGAUUGAGCCACUCGUUGUAUCCAUCAUGUCUAGCAUAUCCGACAUUACCAAAGCAUUGUUCCAAGGUGCUGCGUACUACGGAUCCGAUGACCCAAAGACCAAUCUAACUUACACUUCCGGCGACCCAACUUCUUUUGACGGCACAAGCGCGUUCCAGCACUUGAUGUUCCGUUUUCCCGGUACAGCGUCGUACAUGACGCCCUUGGACUUUUUCCUUUCGCUCGACACUACGGGCACUGAUCCGUCACUGUACUCUCUGAAAGGUUUCGUGACGAACGAGAAGUUCUAUCCCUCCAUUGAAGCGCUCCGAGCGGCUUUUGAGGCUGGCGAAAUCGCCAUGGAGUACGAUCAGACCAUGGACGCUGACUGGGCAAUGGUCGACUACAAGCCGGAGCUAGGCGUGCGUGACCUGGAAGAACGUCUUGCACCGAGCACGCUCGAAAUUGGCGGAAAGCGGUACAAGCUUGACAAGGAAAACCGAUACGUCGAGUACAUGGGAUGGUCUUUCUACAUGUCUUUUUCGCGAACGCUCGGUAUCAGGUUCUACGACAUCAAAUUCAAGGGAGAACGCAUCCUCUACGAACUGUCCAUGCAAGAGGCUGCUGCACAAUAUGGGGGUAAUCAACCCAAAGCAGCCAACACUGUCUAUCACGACACUUACUACCAGGUUGGCACCAGGAUGAAUACUCUCGUAGAAGGCUUCGACUGCCCCUGGGGCUCUACAUUCCUCAACCUGUCCUACCCCAUAACCAACAAAACAAAAGUCAACGAGAACGCGCUCUGCAUCUUCGAAACCGACAUGAACUUUCCGCUAUCGCGUCACCGCGCCGCAGGAUCGACCGAGUACGGCUUCACCAACUGGGGCACCGUCAAAGGCUCAGGACUCAUUGUGCGUGCAAUUGCUACCGUCGGCAACUACGACUACAUGUUUGAUUAUGUGUUCCACAUGGACGCUUCACUCGAAAUCAUUGUCCGUGCAUCUGGAUACCUGCAGUCCAGCUUCUACUACCCUAAGCAAGGCACGUUUGGACCGAGAAUCCAGCGAGCAACCCAGGGCUCGCUCCACGACCAUGUCAUCACGUACAAAGCCGAUUUCGACAUUGCCGGGACCAAGAACUCGCUUCAAGUCUCGGAACUGAAAGCGAAGAAGACGUCUCAGCCGUGGUUCCCCGAGCUCGGCGAGUUCGAGCAGCUGGAAAUGGACAUUUCGUACAUGGCCGAGGAGAAGCAGUUCAACUGGGCGCCCAACAACCAAGCCAUGUACGUGGUGCUAAACCCCAACGCAACCAACGCAUGGGGCGAGAAGCGCGGCUACCGCCUGGUGCCAGGCCGCUCCGACAUCCAUCUCUCGACGCUGCACUCGCCGUGGUCGCGCAAGAACUCCGAGUUCAUAAAGUCGCAUCUGGCCGUCACGCGGCAGCACGACACGGAGCCAUAUGCCAACAGCGUGCAGAACAUCAAUUUACCGUGGAAGCCACAACAAGACUUUAGCAAGUUCUUUGACGGCGAGUCAGUGGAAAACGAGGAUCUCGUUGUCUGGUUCAAUCUGGGUAUGCAUCAUUUUACGCGCAGCGAAGAUGUGCCCGUGACGCUGUACACGGAGGCCUUUUCGAACAUCGUGCUUGCACCGCAGAACUUCUUCGAUAGGGCGCAGGACGGUGAUAUCAGGAAUCGCAGGUGGAUCGAGGUGGAUGUUGAGGGCGUUAUGACGGUUGAUACGUAUGGCGUGGGCCUUGAGACGUGUCCCAUUGUGCUGGGAGAGCCGACGGAGCGGUUGGGAAAAGUAGUGUCGAUUUAG